AGGCAAAAGCUGCCAAGGUACUUCAGGAGACAACGCUCUUCUUUGGAUUCAGCGUUCAGGUGUUGUGUUCUCUUCUUCUUGCUGUGACUCCUGCCAAGCAUGGUACCAGAUGAUCAACGUGUCUGAAUCACUCACUCCUUUCCACACCUCUAUGGAGGGGUCUGGCAAUGAAACAGACUGGAGCAUUUCUAUGCCUUCUGGAAGCAAAUACCACCUCUACAUUGGCUUGGCUUUGGCUAUAGGUUCCAGUAUCUUUAUUGGUUCUAGUUUCAUACUGAAGAAGAAAGGACUUUUGAAACUGGCAGACAGAGGAGUCACCCGAGCUGGACAAGGUGGAUAUUCUUAUUUGAAGGAAUGGCUUUGGUGGGCUGGACUGCUAUCAAUGGGAUUAGGAGAAGCUGCAAACUUUGCUGCCUAUGCCUUUGCACCUGCAACCUUAGUUACCCCCUUGGGUGCACUGAGUGUUCUAAUAAGUGCUAUAUUGUCAUCCUAUUUUUUAAAUGAGAAGCUGAAUAUUCAUGGAAAGCUGGGCUGUGUACUGAGCAUUUUGGGGUCAACAGUCAUGGUUAUUCAUGCCCCAGAGGAGGAGGAGGUCACCUCACUAGAUGAGAUGGAAAGAAAGCUGCAAGAUCCAGCGUUUGUUACAUUUGCUGUUCUCCUAACAGUCGUUGCCCUUGUUCUGAUUGUUGUUGUGGCUCCAAAGAGAGGUCAGACAAAUAUACUGAUCUACAUUUUAAUUUGCUCACUCAUCGGUGCCUUCUCUGUCUCAUCUGUGAAAGGCCUGGGCAUUGCCAUUAAGCAAAUGCUGGAGAGGAAGCCAGCCUAUCGCCAUCCAUUGGUUUAUAUUUUGGUGGGCAUCUUGGUGCUCUCAGUCAGCACUCAGAUCAACUAUCUCAACAAAGCACUGGACGUGUUCAACACAUCCCUUGUGACACCCAUUUAUUACGUGUGCUUCACUACAACAGUGGUGACAUGCUCCAUCAUCUUGUUCAAGGAGUGGAGUAGUAUGGAACUGGGUGACAUCAUUGGAACCCUGAGUGGAUUCUGCAGCAUCAUCAUUGGCAUUUUCCUAUUGCACGCUUUCAAAAACACUAACAUCACCUGGAGUCAACUGAUGUCCACUGUUGCCAAAGAACAAUUCCAUGAAUUGGAAACCAGUCACACUUUGCUGGAGACCAUGGAGGACCCAGCUUUGGUAUAUGAGGAGGACAACGUUUUAUUCAGUCGAUGAAACACUCAAGAAGUGUUCAUCAUCAAAGUAUCAUGAAGUGCAAACUCAGCCCAUCCAUGUCUACUAGAAUGCUUUACUUUUCUGCAGUCCUCUGGAAAUUUGUCUAUGAGACCUGUUAAGUGUGGGCCACUCCUCUCUAUGUCAGCUGUUGGCAGUAGUGAAUGAAUAUGUUCAGUAAUUAGCAUGACAGACAGAAACCUGGUGGUGAUUAUAUGUUAGGCAAUGAAAAACAUGGUCCUUUUUUAUGCAGCAUCUUUUCUUGGGAAAUUUUAGCAAAAAAAAAUGGUCUUUGUAAGCCAAGUUUAAAAAAUGCAACUUUCUUUUAAUGAUAAA